CAGUGUUGUGCCUGCGUGCGAUUGGAUAAUGUAUGUUGUCCGGGCUGGGGCUAAUUUGAGCUCCGUAGUCUGCAGUGCCCUUUUCCCCCACAUGGAGUACGGAGGCCCCUCACUGGUCAACCCCCCCCGACCAUCCCACCACCUCCAAAACUACCAGCGCCCCGCCUGCCCCCCUCACACGCUCCCGAUAUAGACCUAGCGACUCCAGGACAGGGCCAGUUGGAGAAUGCCGAGGACAGGAAGGCGCUGUCUGUAAGUCUGCUGCGCCUCUAACACUGGACUGCGGUCAUGGACCGUCUCGCACAGCACCCCAUCGAGGACAGGGGACGAACAGUGAAGGAGACAGCAGGGUUCUGGUGUUCUGUUCCUUCCUGCAGCCCUGGACCUCGAUACCAGGGUCUACAUGAAGUUCAUGAUGAAUCACUGCUGCUACGACGCCAUGCCAACCAGCUCCAAGCUCGUCAUAUUCGACACCACGCUGCAGGUGAAGAAGGCCUUUUUUGCGCUGGUGGCUAACGGUGUCCGGGCGGCUCCUCUGUGGGACAGCAAGCUGCAGUGCUUUGUAGGAAUGCUGACCAUCACAGAUUUUAUUAACAUUCUACACCGGUACUACAAAUCUCCCAUGGUACAGAUUUAUGAGCUGGAAGAACACAAGAUUGAGACGUGGAGAGAAGUUUACCUGCAGUACUCUUUAAACUCGCUCGUCAGCAUCACCCCCGAGUCCAGCCUGUUUGACGCCAUCUACUCUUUACUGAAGAACAAGAUCCACCGGUUGCCUGUCAUUGACCCGGAGACGGGAAACGUCCUGCACAUACUGACGCACAAGCGCAUCCUCAAGUUCCUGCACAUCUUUGGGUCGAUGAUCCCAAAGCCACGCUUCCUCCAGAAGCGCAUCGAGGAGCUGGAAAUCGGGACGUUCAAGCAAAUCGCCACGGUCCAGGAGAGCGCCACGGUGUACGAUGCCCUGACCAUGUUCGUGGAGAGGCGGGUGUCGGCGUUGCCCGUGGUAACCAAAGAAGGAAAAGUGGUGGCCUUGUACUCCCGAUUUGAUGUGAUCAAUCUGGCGGCUCAGAAGAACUACAACAACCUGAACAUGACGAUGCGGGAGGCAGUGCAGGGGCGGGCCUGCUGCGUGGAGGGCGUGCUCAAAUGCUACCCCCACGAGACGCUGGAGGCCAUCAUCGACCGCAUCGCCAAGGCCGAGGUUCACCGCCUGGUGUUGGUGGAUAAGGAGAACGUGGUGAAGGGCAUUGUCUCGCUCUCUGACCUGCUGCAGGCCCUGGUUUUGACCCCGGCGGGCAUCGAUGCCCUUUUCCCUUAGCGCCUGGGUGGUGUGCCGGCCUUCAAUGCUUCACAGGCUUAUCCUGCUCGGAGAUUUGAAGCUGAUGACACACAGAUGGCUGAAAGAACAGGAAGACAAAGACAAAGAUAGGCUUUGUACAUACGUGUAUUUGUCCAUAUGUACAGUGACUCUCAAAUGGACAGACAUAAUUAGACUGCCCCACAGUGAACUAGAGGACAGUUUGUCAUGUUUUAUUUUUUAUAUUGUCAUCAAGUGACUGACGUUUGGUUGUGUAUUUAUUUUUUUAAUGUUGUAAAUUGUAUAUAAUGUUUUGUAUUAAGUGGCGCAGCUGUGUUUGUUUCUGGAAGAUCAGCCCCAUCAGUCCACCUAUUUGAAGUGUUGUGUCGAUCUGUGGUGCCAUCCCAAUGGCUUGGUUCUGGUAUGUUGAAUGACCAUGGAAUAACAGUUUUUUUUCCUGUGCUCACAUGCACAUUUAAAGAAAUAAUCUUUUCUAAAUUAUUAAAUUUUCCACUAUUGAGAGCAUGGAGAUUUAUAUUACAGUGACGAGCCAAGUCUAUGUAUUAAUUAAUUAUUUAGUUUUGUGUUUCUCAUUCACCUAAAUGCCAAUCAAUUUAAUUAGCUCAUAAACUGACAUAGCUACUGUAGUGUAUAGGUAAUGUGAAAGUAAUUUUAAAAAUCAACAUUAUCAUCUGUUAGGCCAUAGGUUUUUUAAAGUUUUACAACCAUUUGAGAAACAUAUGUCAAUUAUUUAUAAAUAAUUACUCUGCCAUCUCAGUUUGAUUAGAAAGAAAAGGGUGUGGAGAAUGUCCUUUUGCAUGAUAUUGAAGAUUGCACCAAAAUUUUAGUAUUCUAUUUUACAAU